GGGUAAUUGUACGAAAUGCGGGUUCUACGAGAUGCGCGAGCUAAACGAGGGCAGGAAAUAAAAGCGCUACAAGAGACUCGUUCAAUCGACUUGCGCGUAUAUACGGGUAAUAGACGUAUAAAGUAUAGUUCUGCGUUAAAAGGAUCUUUAAAGUGCUGGUAAGAACUCUAAACGAAGCUACUGUUCUCCAUUAGUCCGAAGCAUUCACAAUUCGCGAGCAAGUUACGCUAUCGCGAAUCAUCGAGUUGCGCAUUAAAUAUAUUUAUUUGAUACGAAGAAAAUAGAUGCAGACGACAUUAAGAUAAGUAACGAUCGAUGCAUAUUAAUCUAAUUAUUUAAAUGUGUAACGGCGCACUAUUCAUUCGUCCUCGCGCAUUUUUACAAGUACUACACAACAUAUUAUCAUAUAUAAGUAGAAAGCUACCGUCGUCAAAUAACAGAGAUGCAAUGACAUACGCAUGCGUGAGUAACAAAGCGCGUGCCACAAAACUUACAAAUCUCGUAUUAUAAAGAUCUACGAACAAACCGAAUGUGCGUAUCCGCGCUUUUCGAUGCAUGCUUACGCCUUUUCCUCGACGCAACUUUUCCAUUUAACAAAACAUUAACUUAACUCGAUUAUUUCCCAUUAGGUUGGUCUUCUUAACUUUAGCACGGAAGGUUUUUUUCCCUUCAUCUUGUCGCAUCAACGAUUACCUUCAACCAUAUAUAUAUACAUGCAUUUAUGGAACUAUACAUAGAAUUGAAAUAAAAUAAGAAACAAAAUAUCGAGCUCGGGGAUAGGCGUGGUCGUCGAGGUACCCUACGCGUUGCUACUUAUUGAGGAAAAAACAAGUAGAACUAGGAGAAUACUAUGAGCAAAACUAGAAAUUGCAAUAUCGAGACGGUGGUGUGGUUGAAGGAUCGGAGGAAGAGGUGGCGGCGUUGGCGUUGACAUCGGCGGCGUUUGCGUCGGCGGCGUUGGCGUCGGCGGCGUUGGCGUUGGCGUCGGUUCCAAAGGCAAAAGCCUUCUUGGCGACCGGUAUUUCCGCGCGGCGCGUGUCCGAGCUCGCACGACUUUCGUCGUGGUUAGCAGCGUGCGUUAUCCGCUUGUCGUGCUCGCAGCUUCGUGCUCAAGACAUAGCUCACGGAGAGAAUAUUUUUUGGCGGUAGACCGCGCACUGGUGCAAAGUGCGCGCGCGCGCGCGCGCGGUCACCUCGGUGUCAGUUGGCAGCAGACAGAUAGGCAAAGAAAAAAGAAAAGUCUCGAUGACCGACGCUCCCGUUAUCUUGGUGGAUGUCAAAGGGCAACGUACGACCUGACUAGAGCUGUGCCAGGGCCGUGCCAGGGCCGUGCCAGGGCCGUGCCAGGGCCGUCGUGCCAGGGCCGUCGUGCCAGGGCCGAAACUGGGCUCGCCUCGCGCUGGCGCGCGUCUCCUUCUUCGAGCGACGUCGCGACGUCCUCCUCGUCAUCGUCAUCGCCUCCGCCACCACCAACACCACCACCACCACCACCAACAACAACAACAACAACAACAACAUCAUCAUCAUCAUCAUCAUGGAUUGGCAUAGCAAGCUCGGACCGAUCUUUCUCUUAUUGCUUUUUGCUUUCGGCACCGAGGAAGUAGGAGCGCUCAGGAUGCUGGAACUUGUUAUACCGCAAUACGUGGUACGGGGACAGAACAUACGUCUCGAGUGUAGCUUUAACCUGGACGGUGAGAUACUCUAUUCGGUUAAGUGGUACAAAGAUGGCAACGAAUUUUAUCGAUACGUACCUAGGGAUAUGCCACCUGUAUUGGUUUUCUCACUUCCCGGCGUUUCCGUCGACAUACAUAACUCUACCGAACGAUCGGUCGUUCUUUAUUCCGUUAAUCUAAUGAGUUCUGGGAGAUAUAGGUGUGAAGUCUCGGCGGAAGCACCUUCCUUUCAAACUGUAUCCGAUCAUUCGGAUAUGAUGGUAGUCGCUCUACCCGAAAAUGGCCCCGUUAUCACGGGAAGACCUGGCAGACGUCGGUAUCAAGUAUCGGACGUCGUGCGAUUCAACUGUACGUCGGCUAAAUCGAAACCAGCCGCCAUGCUCAGUUGGUUCAUAAAUGGCGAGCCCGUCGAUCCACAAUACCUAAGAGGACCUCAUAUCACGGAGGUAGACCGCGAGGGUCUAGAGACUGCCGUACUUGGUCUGGAGUUUCGUUUGCGAACGAAGCACUUCAAGAAGGGUGACAUGAAGAUCAAAUGCCUGGCGACGAUAGCGACUGUAUAUUGGAAAUCGAACGAGCUCAGUAUAGAGGGUGAAAGGCCCUUAAAGAUGCCGGUAAUGGAGAGUAGGGAGACAAGAGCGCAAGGCCAUACACACGCCGAACACAUUUUAGCCAGUGCAAAUAUCAAAUCCGUAGGAUCGUCCCUGUCGCUGCUAACCCUAGGAUUGCUUAUACUCCGAUACAAAACAGGGUGUAUCCGGUCAUCCGCUACAUGUCAAAAUAAGUCUCUUUCAUAAUCAAAAGAGAACAACAAAAUAUUACUCUUUGUUCGUCGACUUAUUUUGACAGGUAAAAUCACCCCAAACUCGAUCGAACCAACUGUUCACCUGUCCAGGUACACUAUGUACGUUUAUAGACACGUACUUUUUUCCUAUUUACGUAUAAUUGCGUCAGAGUUUGUAAUCAUACCGUCGUUAUUAUAUUUACGAUUAAAUUUCUUACUUACGAUUAAACACUUUUCAUAUACCGAUCGCCAGGCGGCAUGCCAUUACACGUUCCAAUGCAUGUCACAAUUUUAAUCGCCAUUCUAAUCGCCAUUCUAAUCGCCAUUCUAAUCGCCAUUCUAAUCGCCAUUCUAAUCACCAUUCUAAUCACGAUCACACAUACUUGUCAAAUAAAUAAAUCUUAUAAUUGAUCAUCGGACUGUAAGUCGAUGUUUAUUCAGUUGUUAAGCGUUAAGGUCAAUUUAACGAGUAAAACCAUUGUCCAAGCUGAUUCAUUUCUCGUGGUUUAAGACCUUGGAAACAUUGGACGCUUGAAGACGUUGGAAAAAUGAACAAGAAGAAAAUCAAUUAACAUUGCGUUCUCUAAAUUAUGGCUUUGAUCAUUCUAGUCGGUAAAAAUCACUUAAAUUAUAAUAAUGUCAUAUUUUAGGAUGAUUGUAAAGUAUGUAAAUCUAGACUGUGUACGACUGUGUGUACCAAAGAUAUUCCAAUUUUCGCGAUCACAACAUUCCUAAUUGUUAAUUAUAGUCGUAGAAUAUGUAAAGAUAUUCUAUACCUUUAUAUAUAUAUCUCGUAUAAAAUUUCAUAUAUGACGACGGACGACGAGAAUAUUUUGUACAUAUGUACAUAAAUAAAACGUACGUUAUAUAUGUAUGUAUAAGAUUAAAAGGUAAAAUGAUGUUAAGUUAAGAAAUAGAGAAAAAAAUAUCACUAUAUUACUGAUCUUUCAAAGUACUGAGAUUUAUAAAAAGAAGAGAAUUCUGUCCAAAUAUCUCUUGUAUACCAAGGAAAUAAAAUCAUAAA